CCCUGUGCAGCGUGGCUGGCCCCAGAGCCAUCUGGAGGGCAAGGCAGACUGGUCACUGAGGCUGCCAGGCUGUAUAGUCUGAAGCAAAGGAGAACUGUCACCUAGACCUGGACUGGGGGGAAGAACCAGCAUGGUGAGGACGGUACAGGGUGUGAGGAUUGCGGUAGAAGCCUUAUAGGAGAAUGCAAACUCCACGGACCACUCAUCAAGGCUAAAGAUAGAGUUAUUCCCAGCCGAGCCCGUCUCACCCUACCUCACUACCUCACUUUGCGAGUGUUGGAGCUGCGAGCUGGAAACCAGCAGAUCCUUGGUGUGUUUGCAAAGAAAGUAAUACAGAAGAGAACACAGUUUGGUCCUUAUGUUGGUCAACUGUCUACAAAACUGACCUGCUAUGAUGAGAGCAGGCUAGUCCUGCAGGUAUUGAAAGAUGGAGGGAAGUACUUUCUGGACACUCCCAAUGAAGACUGUGGAAACUGGAUGAUGUUUGUACGGCUAGCCCGGAACCAAGAAGAACAGACCCUUGUGGCUUAUCAGCACUGUGGAGAAGUUUACUUCACAACAGUUAAGCCAAUUGAACCCCACACAGAACUGAAAGUAUGGUAUGCUGCCGAUUACGCCAAAUUUAUGGAAGCUUCCGCAGUCUUCAUUAAAGAAGAAUCAGAUGUCUGUCCUUUGCCUCCAGUCGCAAAAGAGCCUGUAGACCCUUGGAUAUGCUCCAGUUGUGGAAGCACUUUUGCAACUUUUGCUCUGCUGGAAUCUCACCAGUGCAUCCAUAAAGACCGAGUCCUUCCUACGAGGUUCAGAGCACCAAAUAAAUUGGGACCUGUAAAAGCAAAAAGCAAACUCAAAGGGAAACUAAGAGGAGCGUCAUUAGGCAAAAGCAUUACUCAGUGCUUUGGGACCAUUUCCUGUUCCUCUGCUGCAAAGUUUAGCUGUGCCAGCUCAGGAAGCACUUGUGAUGCUCUCGUGAGGUUUAUACCUAAAUGGAGAAAUGGUCGGUCUUCACUGUUGAAGGGAAAAGAAGUGAAGCAGCCAGACAGUUACCCCUGCCGACUCUGUGGGAAGAUAUUUGAUUCCUUUGACAAGCUCACGGUCCACACUUACACGCACAAAGGGGAGCGCCCCUACAAGUGUUCACAGCACGGAUGCACAAAAGCCUUCAUUUCCAAAUAUAAACUGCUCAGGCACUCUGCUACUCAUUCUCCACAGAAAUCUCACCAAUGUGGCUACUGUGAAAAGACCUUUCACAGGAAAGACCAUCUAAAGAAUCACCUUCAGACUCAUGACCCUAACAAGAUGGCCUUCAAGUGUGAAGAGUGUGACAAGAAGUACAACACCAAGCUAGGCUAUAAGAGACACUUGGCUCUUCACGCUGCCACCAGUGGGGACCUUACCUGUAGGGUAUGUGCCCAAGAGUUUGGCGGUACUGAGGUUCUGUUGGAACACCUCAAAAGUCAUGCAGGGAAGCCAGCUGGCAAUAUGAAGGAAAAGAAACAUAAAUGUGACCACUGUGAGCGUCACUUCUAUACCCGUAAAGAUGUGCGGCGUCACAUGGUGGUUCACACAGGCUGUAAAGACUUUCUGUGUCAGUUUUGUGCCCAAAGGUUUGGGCGGAAGGACCACUUGACACGCCAUACCAGGAAGACUCAUCCACAGGAACUGCUAAAGAGCAGGUUGCAGAAUGGUGACUCAGUAGGUCUCCUUGACCAGCUUUUUCCAUACAGACUGAAGGAAGAUGCCAGCAUGCUGUCCCCUCUUCCUGAAAGGGUCUCUGUGCAGAAUGGUAUUGUGAAUAGUUCAGAAUCAGAGGAAUACAACUGUUCACUUCUUCAUUCCCAGCCAAGCUUACAAACUGCUCUUCCUCUUGAACCUUCUCCUCACUUGCAAAGGAUGGGCUGUGCAGACAGCCUUCCAGCUCUCCAUCCCACACCAUGUUCAACAGCCGUCCCUACCAACCUGAACCUUCAUCAGCCUAAUAAAUAUGACCUUAGUUCUACCUCACUUGCAGCAGGAUCCCUCAAGAAUCUACCAAUAAAAGUGGAUGUUAAAGGUUACAACGUGCAUCUUCUCGAGGACCUGCCGUUACCAGAACCUCAGUCUCUCCACAAAAUCAGUAUGGAAGAAGCUUCCUCAGGGCCUGUAGGGGAUACUAACAAGUACCCAGCGCACAAAGAGACAGAGGCAGCCACUGAAACUACAAGUCUGCCUUUCAUGGAUCUCACUCAUGUGAUGAGUUUCUGGCAGCUCCCACCAGGUGACAACCAGAACACUGUUGGGGACUUCACAAUGGCAUUUGGCCCAGAGGAACCAUCACACAGGCUGAAUGGCCUCGGCCAACAGCAAGGUCUUCAGCUAGCAACUGGUGGGAUGGCCAUAAACCAGCUGCAUCAUUUUCCUCGCUCCUUUCCAUCCACUACAAAUUCUGUAACCUUGCCUCAUUUUCACCAUGCCUUCAAGUAACUAUCACCCUGUGUGGGGUUUUUUCCCUUUUUUUUUUCUAAGACCGUGCUUCUUACUUAAAUCUGUUAGGAUGGGGUGGUUUAGGUUUUGUUUUGUUUUUAAGAAAAACUGCCCCAAAUGUUUUCAAAGCGCAUUAUGAACAUGGUAGUUAAAUUCAGGAUGUUAAUAAAUAAGAAGCUCUAUUUUUCAUACUACUAUUAGUUUUUUUAGCAUAUGACAACAGUAGAACUAACAUAUUUCCCUCAGCUCCCUCUAUAUUUUUGUUGUUACCUUUCAUGCAAACAACUGAAUAAAUAUCUUCAACAAUUGAAAAGUAUCAUAACAGGCACAAUAAAACUAUGACUGCUGCAGUAGCAGAAAUAAGGUUAGGGGGAAUGGGAAGAACGGGGAAAUCACGGAAAAAUCAUUUUAAUGAGCCAUAAAUCACAGCAAAUUUGUACACAUGGCAAAUGUAACAAACAGAUUAUCAACAUCACAUAGAUUUCUGUUAAGCACUUAAUUAAUGAAGUUCAUUAAUCUUUAUUUUAAAUCUGAAUCAUUCCAGGAGUAAAUCUUACCUCCUUGUUUCACUUUUUUCAAAUGAAGAUCAUCACUAUUGUGAUUAUGUUUAACUAGAUUUUGUUUUCUGACAUGCAGUUCAGCUGUGUGCAUCUCAUGCCUUUUCCCUUGGGCUGGAGGUAACUAUCACUUCUGAACGACUAUGUAAGAACUGCUAUUUUGUAUAUGUACAGUUUUCAGAAUGGAAAGUGAAUUGUCUCAAAGGUUAUAACAAAACUUUACUUUUCAUUUACAACCAGAUCUGCCAAGGUAUCAGGCACUGCUUUCUCUCUCUCUCUCUAGUAAAGCACUUAAACCUUUGCUUAAAUUUAAGCAUGUUCUCCCAUAGGGUCAACAACUUGAUUAAUUUAACAUUUAAUAAAAUAUAAUACUUCCUACCUAAGGAGCCUUUAUUCACCUUUUGUUGAUAAAAAUGGCCUUUCUUUAGUCUGGGAUAUGAUAAUUAAUUGUAACUAUCUGAAACGUGGGCUUUCAGAAAGCAAACCCUGGCCCAGGGGAGCCUGCGCCCAAGCAGGACCUCUCUGGGGCCAGGGGCAUGUCCACGCACAUAAGGGCUGUGGUGGUGAGCUGACAGUAGGCCAGGGUCAAAACCAGGGUCAGAAUCUGCCUCACAAGUGUUGCCUGAAAUUAGCGGGUGUGAUAACAGUUCAGGCCAUUUUAAUCAUGGGAUUUUUCCUCAGUAGCACUGGGACAGCUACAUUCCAGCAUUUGUUUCUUCCAAACCAGAACCAUGGGGACUUCCGUUUUGUUUCCUGGGGUAAAUUGCCCAUGAAUAUUUCCAGUUGUCAGUUUGUUGGUGUGACAGUCCUAGCACCUGAUGCAUGAACGAGCAGAAAUUGCAAAAAUCACAUUUCCUGAUAGAUGACAUUAUUUAAAAAAAAAACAAACCAAAACCAACAAACUCUUCACAAUUUGGUUUCUUACCUAACCCAUAGUUAAAAAAAAAAAUAAUCCUGGCAUUAGUGGAUGAUACAGUGACUAAUGGAUUCUGUUGCUGCUAAAACAGACACGAAAUUUCUGAAUCUGAGUAAAUUCUCAAACCCCAAGAGCUACUCUCCCAUUAAAUCCAAAAAGAGUUCAUAGUACCUAAUGAUCAUUACAAAUGUAGUAUGAAACAUGCAUGUUCUCUUCUCCCUCAUUAGUUACAGGAAUAUUUUCAGACAGGUUCAAAUAAAAAGUAGUUUUUAAGUUAUUUCUGUUUUGAUGUUACUGAGCUACAAUGACAUUGUACAACUUCAAUUAUCUAAAUACUCUUAGAAGUUUAUUGGUACUUGGAUUAAGGAAAGGUUGUAUUAUUACAGUUCAUGCGAUAAUAUCUUCUGCAGAUACAGUGCUGAGGGGUGUUUUUUGUUAUGAAAAUUUUUGGCAUAAGGCAAACCAAAAGGAAUCUUAAGAUCAUUCUUGUAAUGACAACAGCAAGAGGAAGAGCAGGUGCUGCAUAGUCAUGCCCAGUUAAGAGUUAUUGAAAUUGUGAGUUCCAGAACAGAGAAAAAGUUCUAAUCAAUGUUACAUGCACAUUCUACAGCUAGGCUCUUAUUUUCAUCUGGACUUGGAAAGGUGUGUUUAUAUUCACUUACUGCAUUGUUUUCCUUGUUUGUGCAAACUGUAUUCACUUGGCUUCAUCCAAACUUCUGUAUGUACCUGUAAAAAAAAAA